AUGUCCAUCCAAGAAAUACAUAAACAUGCAGUUCUUCCUCCUAUCAUUAGUAGAUGUGACAAGGAAUUUUUGGAACGUACGCAAAGAUACAUAAUUACAGAAAUUGAAAGAGUGGGCUGUAAUGAGGAAGGACCUGCUGAUGAAUAUUACAUCAUAUACCAAAAUGUUUUUAAUAAGUCUUCUAGAAAAAAUUUCAGUAUCAUGGGCAGAAAUAUCAUAUUUCAGGUAAUAGACUAUGUCACUGCAUACAAAUCCAUUCUUACUUCAAUCAAAAAAGAAUAUGAUGCCUUUAUUGAGACACUAAAGAAAGACCGAAGAACUACAUUUUUUCUUCAUGGAAAACUUAAAGUUUGGGCAGCAGAGCCCACAGUUUUGGUAUAUCAUCAGAGAAGAGCUAUCCAGCUUGAAGCAAAAAUGAGGAUUAUUGAAAAUAAUUCCUUGAAGAUUCAAUUGCAAAUAGAUCAAAUGAAACAGCUUAGGGCAGAGUAUGACACAAAAGAAGCAAAAUACUAUACUCUCUCCAAAGAUCCUUCAAAACCUAUUCCAGGCAUGACUCUCCAAGAUUCUGUCACUCUAAAUGCUCUCAGGAAAUUCAGGAAACACCUUGAAGAUAAAUACAGAGAAAUGAAGCAAGCUAUGUUGGUAAAAUAUGUACCAAUUCAAAGGAUGGCUGAUUUUGAUGAGGAAAUGAUUGUGUUAUUAAAACGGCGAGAUAUAGCUGAAAAUCUGAAUGAAAAAUUACAGUUUCGUCAUCAAAGACUGCAGAUUAUUUUAUAUGCACUUUCUUCAUGGGUAAAAUCUGAUAAGAGCAAAACAUUUGAAGACUUCGUGGAAGAAAUUCAGAAAACCAAAGAUUUUCAUGGCUUUGUUGAAGAACUGCUUGAAGAUGAUCCAAGCAAGGCAAAAAAUGCUGAAAUUAUACUGUACUACAUUGAAAGGUUCAAUGAACUAAUGUCACUUGGUGAAUAUGAAAAGGCAGCUUAUUUUGCAGCAAGCAGUCCUAGAAGGAUUCUUCGAAACAUGGGUUCAAUGGAUAAAUUUAAGGCUAUUGGAAAAAUUAGAGGAAAAACUCUUCCAUUACUCUUAUUUUUUGAGGCUAUACUUAGCACAAGCCAUGCUUUUACAACUCCUGUUGAUGCAGAUCUAACCCUAGAAGGAAUCAAAUGUGGAUUAUCUGAAAAACGGCUGGAUUUAGUUAUCAACUGGGUCACCCAGGAAAAGCUGACAUUUUCAGAGAAGGCUGGGGAUGUGAUUUAUGAUUAUGGGGAACAAGAUACUUUUAACAAAGCCAAGUGCCUGGCUUUAGCUCAGAUUAUCUACAGUGAAUGUGGCCUGCAUAAGAAAGUUCUCCUUUGCCUGUGUAAACAGGGUCAGAUCCAUGGGGCCAUAGAAUACUUACAACAAUUCAAGGACUUUACUCCUGAUGACCUGAUGAAGCUAAUAACAUUAUGUCCUCAAACUGAACUAAUUCAAUGUCUCACUGAAGAAAAGAAUGGGAGACCACCAUUUUUAUCUUUUGGACUUGCCAUACUUCAUCUGUUCUCUGUGAAUAUGGAAAAAGUUGGCAUUAAGCUACUCCAAGAAAUAAACAAAGGUGGGACAGAUGCAGUAGAACAUCUUGUGAUAAAUGAUUCAUAUUGCUCCCUAGAAAUGUGGCAACAAUUGGCAAAUAUAUGUUUACAGAAUGGCUUUGACAAAUUAUCUAAUGACAUCAUAUCCAUUCUUCGAUCUCAGGCUGGAGUUGCAGAAAUUUCUGAAGAAGAAGAUACAGUCAAUUUAAUGGAACAUGUUUUUUGGUAGUUCUGUAUUUUAGCCAGUUGAGGGAGCUUGUACAACAUUUUACAGGCAAACUAGUUUUCUCAUAAUUAACUUACAAAUAAAUCUAGUGCA